AUGGAGAUCGAUCUGUGCGCCGUUACGGAAAGACCCAGCCCGAUAUUCAUGACUCUCGGCUCGAUCGACCUCGUUGUUAAAUUCAGGAGCGUCACCAAAGUCACGGAAUUCUUAGUCGUCGACCGCCCAACAUCGUACAACGGGAUCGUCGGUACUCCAUGGCUGAAUUCCAUGCGAGUGAUCCCUUCGACAUUCCAUAUGUGCCUUAAGUUUCCAACCCCUCGUGGAGUCGAAACUAUACAAGGAGACCGCAGGAUGUCGGAAGUAUGUUUCGCCGCCGAGAAAAAACGAAAGAACUUGGCGAUCGAAACUUCCCAUAAAAAGAAAAGAAAGCUGACUCUCGAUGAGAACGCCCCGGAACGAGACUCGGAAGUCUUCUGGCAAUCUCAAAGGGCCGAAGCCCUAGAAAAGAAGUGCGAACCAACUUGCGAACCGGUAAUUUCGAUCUGCCUCGACGAAUCCUCUCCGGAACGAUGCAUCGAGAUUGGAACCAACCUCGGUGAGCCACUAAAGACAGAGCUCAUCGCCUGUCUCAAAAAGAACCUCAAUGCGUUUGCUUGGGCCGCGGAAAGUCUCUUGACGAGCACGGCCACGUCUCCCAUUUGGAGGAGUGCUUUGCAAAACUUAACGCCCACAACAUGA